AUGGUUCAGAUCAAACAUGUCGUCUACCUGAUGAUGGAGAAUCACUCGUUCGACAACAUCGCCGGUUACUGGGACUUCCAUCCCGACAUUGACAACCUGCGCAACCGCACCUUCUGCAACGAGUACACCAACUCUAACUGGACCGUGUGGAAUGAGCCGAUCGACAUCUGUGCGGCCCCGUACGAGCUGGAGGUCCCAACGAACGACCCGGACCACGAUUUUGCGGGAACCACGUAUCAGAUCUACCGCAAGUGGAACGCCACCAAUGACGAUGUCCCCAACAUGGGUGGCUUCAUCGAGCGCCAGUCCGAACUGUAUAGCGCCACUCCCGGUGAUUCUGCCUAUAUCAUCAAGGCGUACAGCGAGAAGAAGACCGCCGUCUUGGCCGAAGUCGCCAAGAACUUUGCCUUCUGGGAUACCUAUUUUGCUGAGCAUCCCGGUCCCACCAACCCCAACCGCCAGUUCGCGACGUCCGGGUCGACCUGCGGUUUCGUCGAUGACACCACCCAGGCUGCUGGCUUCUGGAACAAUGUGACCGGCACCACCUGCGCCGUGUCGAUCUUCGAGUCUCUGAGCCAGAGCAACAUCUCGUGGAAGAACUACUACGAGACCGACAUCGUCGAUGCGUUCAACUACAAGUGGGUGCAAGACAACGCCAUGGACAAGCUGGCCCACUCCAGCGAGUUCUACCGCGAUCUCGAGGAGGGCACGCUGCCUGCCUUCUCCUACUACAACCCGGAGUGCUGCACCAUCGACUCGAUGCACCCGGAGAGCAACAUGGCCGCGGGCGAGUCGCUGAUCAAGCACAUGUACGACGCGAUCCGCAGGUCGCAGUACUGGGACAACGUUCUGUUCAUCGUCAACUUUGACGAGCACGGUGGAUACGCCGACCACGUGCCUCCCCCGGUCAAUGUUCCCCAGCCCCAGGACAACAUCACCUUCACCGGCACGUCCGACGGCCACCAUGUGACGUACGACUACACCCGUCUGGGAAUCCGGGUGCCGGCCUUCCUGAUCUCGCCGUGGGUCAGCCCCAACACUCUGAUCCACGACGAGGGGACCAUGUACGCGCCCAACUCGGCGUACACGCACACCUCGUUCCUGCACUUUCUGCAGGAGCUGUGGGACCUCAAGGGCCUCAACAACCGUGUGCAGUGGGCCAAGACCUUCGAGUACGUCUUCAACAGCGAGCCGCGCACCGAUGCGCCCGAGACCCUCUCCAAGCCCGUCUGGUACGGCGGCGGCGACCAGCCGGAGCCCGAGGUCUUCUACAAGCUGAACCAGGACUACCCUUACUACGCUGAUAUGUAA